UUUGUGUCAGCUGGGCACACGAGUUAUCAGUACAGACCACCCAUUCUGACUACACGUAUUGGCGGCAGUGACGGGGCGAGCUGGCGGUGCAAGUAGAGAUCACCAGGACCAACGGCCUCAUGAACCACUCACCACCCAUCGAGUCAGCAGCGAUGCCCGGCGACCCUCCUAAAAAAAAUCGCCGUAAUGCCAUGUGUGUGGGAUGCGGGUCGCACAUCCACGACCAGUACAUCCUACGGGUGGCGCCCGACCUGGAGUGGCACGCCGCCUGCCUCAAGUGCUCCGACUGCAACCAAUACCUAGACGAAACCUGCACUUGCUUUGUGAGGGAAGGGAAAACAUAUUGUAAAAGGUGCUACGUAAGGUUAUUCGGAACUAAGUGCGCCAAAUGCAGCCUAGGUUUCACCAAGAACGACUUCGUUAUGCGCGCGAGGAACAAGAUAUACCACAUAGACUGUUUUCGUUGCGUGGCGUGCAGCCGGCAGCUUAUUCCCGGGGACGAAUUCGCGCUCAGGGAGGACGGUCUGUUCUGUAAGGCCGACCACGAGGUCUUGGAGAGGGCGUCAAACAAUGUGGAUUCUAACGGCAGAGCCAGCCUGGGAAGUACCGACCUCGAAAUGGCAACUCGCCCAGAGUCGCACGGUCGCUCGGAUCAACGAAGACCACAGGUUCACAAACAAGACGGACACAAACCGACCCGAGUCAGAACAGUUUUGAACGAAAAGCAGCUUCACACGUUACGGACUUGCUACGCGGCCAAUCCGCGGCCUGACGCGUUGAUGAAGGAACAGUUAGUGGAGAUGACAGGCCUCUCACCCCGUGUCAUCAGGGUGUGGUUCCAGAACAAACGAUGUAAAGACAAAAAGAAAUCUAUCCUCAUGAAACAAAUGCAAGAACAAGCUUCAAAACAGGACCUUUCUUCAGACUCUAUCGUGUGGGACACGCUACCUGAUGACAUGACUGCCAGCCCGAACGGGAUGUCUGGGAUCGGACGGCUGAACGGGGUGCCCAUGGUGGCGCAGGAGCCCGUCAGACACGAGAGCCAGAUGCAGGCCAACCCCGUAGAAGUACAGAGUUACCAACAACCACCGCCAUGGAAAGCCCUGAGCGACUUCGCCUUGCAAAGUGAUAUAGAACAGCCCGCCUUUCAACAGUUGGUAAGUUCGUUCGACCACAACAGUGGAAAUGUCCCGACCUCACAGCCUGGGCCUGGAAUGGCUGCACCGGGUGGACCUGGUGAAGCUAACGGUAACGGUCCCGGUGUGCCGCCGCCGGGAGGACCAGAGAUGCCCGUCGGAGCCAGUCCUCCUAACCCGGUGACCUGUACCUAACCACCUGCCGGCCAGGAUCUUCGUAUACGUGAUGGGGAUGGGCAUAAAGCUGAGCCAAAAAUGAUUUUAGUAAAGAAAAUGACUUGUUCGAUACAGCCAUACUCCCGUUUUUCUACCGUCUGUCCGAUCUUUGCGUGGAAACACGAUGGUCUAUAGUCUUCGUUGCCCGGCACAGUGACAGGUUCCGCGGUGUCCCAACCCAGGCCUUCAUCUGUCAAGCAUUCUUCCAGUAACAAAGAUAUCUUUUGAAGCACCACCAUAAUGUGAGUUUUAGUCUCAGGAGGCAUUGUUAAAGACGACCAGCUGAUAUCAUUGUGACCUCUUCCUCCACCGUUGAUGAUAAAAUAACCACACACAGUUACGGAGAGAGGCAUAUCGUUUCUUACGUGUAAAUAUUCAGUUUGAUGAUCUGUUCUUGACUUCUUCUUCUUCUUCAUGACAGUGAGCUUGAGGAAUGAGUGUGUUGGAGGGAAGUCAGAAAGAAGGAAAAAACGGCUGUAUAGAUCCCAAGAUUCCCAACGUUCGGAGUGCCCUAUUGUCAGGGCUUUAACUUCUUGCCGCCAAGUUUUUUUAUGGUUCUACCUUCCAACUGUUUCCUUCCAGCAACCACCGUUCCCGCUAGCUCGACCACGAUAUGUUGAAAUAGAAAUUACGACAAACCAUUGCCAAUUCAGCCGCUAUAUCAAACAUAGCACUGUAUGUAGUGUCCGGAAACAGUUCUAGUUUUACACGGGCUCUAUUUUUACAAAGAUUCUCGAUAAAUGUUCUCGAUUACACAGUUUCAGCUUACCAAAAAACGGAAAGUUGUCCAUUAUUGUCCAUUCAGUUAUAAUAACAACUAUUUAGUACGUUGUUUGUUCAUCAUUGGCAAAUUUGGUCAAACAAUAUCGGGGAUAUUGAGUUUCAGUCGUUCAAUCUGAUGAUGAAACCUUCCGUUAUAUCGUUGUUUUCCUCAAACAACAGUCCGUCCAGCAAGCUUAUGUUGCUUGUAUAUUUUAUUGUGUCCUUGUUGAUCGUCUGUGUUUGCAUUGUCACGUCUUGAAAAGGGGUACUAGGGGGCGAUUAAGGAGUUGUGACAGCAGAACAAAUGACAAGAGAAGUCUCUGAGAGAUGAAGCAGUGAAAAUGUUAGAUGGUGGACAUAACGAUCAUUGCACAGCUUCUUUAUCUGUCUCCUGCGUUUUCCACCCGGUCUCUCAACGGAGUUUCUUGUGUAGAGAACCUUGUCCGGUCAUAUCUCAGUGACAUUAUUUAUUGACUUUGUAUAUGUACAUAUAUAUAAAGAUGUAUGGCUAACGUUGACGUUGUCAACGGCUUUUUAGCAGGGGAGUGAUCGCAUUGAAAUAAAAAGCGAAUUCCCUUCCAAAAA